AUGCGUGGCAAGAAAACUUUAGAUACCUUGAUGCCAAAACUGGUAAACAGCUGCAUCCCCCUUACAUUCAAGGCUAUCUUAGUAAAAUGUGUACUUGUGCCUACAUUAAUGUAUGGCAGUGAACUUUGGGGAAUGUCAAGUACUAGAGCAGGUAAGAUCAAUAGGAUCUUAAGAAAAUCUUUAAGGCUGAUAUUCAAAAGAGUGU